AUGGUCCCGGACGCGGUAUCCCCGGCCCAGGCGGACCGGGGGGGCCGGGGGGACGAGGGGGACCGGGGCAUGGGGGCCCCGGGCAGGGGUUUGGGCGCGGAGGUGGAUUUGAAGGCGGGUUCCAUCCUGGCGCAGGGUUUGGGGGGCGCGGGGAGUAUGUGGGGAGGGGGGAGUAUGGCGGAAGGGGGGACUAUGGUGGCGGACGGGGCGGGGACUUCGGUGGAAGAGGCGGGUUCUUUGAUGAUGCGAACGGUGGACUACAGUGCCACCGUGGCGCUCUACCCCCCUCAACCCCUCUCAACCACCCUCAACCCACCACCCCCCCUUGUAUGCAGCGCGCAGGAUGCAGAGGCGGGGAAUGCAGAGGCGAACAGUGGACUACAGCGCCACCGUGGCACUCUACCUGCACGAGCGCGCACGCCAGUGGGACGCCCGACCGCCCAGCAGCCAGCAUCGCUCACACGACUCCCGCUGCCCCCCCUCACACGACUCCCGCUGCUCCUGAUCUCCUCCCCUUUCACUCUCCUUCCCCCCCCCCCCGUGCAGCUGCUGCCGUGCAUGGGGUACGAGGACCGCCCAGCAGCCAGCAUCGCCUCUCGCUUUGUGCACGCCUCCACCAACAAGAUCCGCUGCCCCAUCAACCAAGUCGUGUGGACGCCCACGGGGCGGCGGCUGCUGACGGGGUCACAGAGUGGCGAGUUCACGCUGUGGAACGGACUCUCCUUCAACUUCGAAAUGCUCAUGCAGGCUCAUCAGGUGGCGGUGAGGAGCAUGGUGUGGAGCCACAACGGCAACUGGCUGGUGUCAGGGGACGACUCGGGAUGCAUCAAGUACUUCCAGACCAACCUGCGCAUGAUGAAAGAGAAUGCCACCGCCCACAAGGAGUCCGUGCAGGGCGUCAGCUUCUCAAGCUCAGACCUCAAGUUCUGCUCGUGCUCGGACGACACAGCAGUGAAGGUGUGGGACUUUGCGCGAUGUCAGGACGAGGUCACCCUCGCAGGCCACCGCUGGAACGUGCUGUGCGUCGACUGGCACCCCUUCAACUCCCUCAUUGUUUCAGGUGGCAAGGACACGCACUCGAAGCUGUGGGACGCGCGUACAGGACGGGAGGUCUGCACCCUGUACGGGCACAAGCGCACGGUGCGAUCAGUGGCGUGGAACCAGAACGGCAACUGGCUCGCAUCGUCCUCCGACGACCAGCUCGUCAAGCUGUACGACAUCCGCACGCUCAAGGAGAUGGAGACGUUCAAGGGGCACACUAAGGAGGUGUCAUCCAUAGCAUGGCACCCCGUGCACGAGGACCUGCUGGCCAGUGGCGGCUCUGAUGGCAGCAUUCUCUUCUGGCUCGUGGGUUCGAAUACAAGUGGGCCGGCAGCAGAGGUGACAAACGCACAUGAGAAUGCGGUGCUCUCACUGGCAUGGCACCCAUUGGGGCACACCCUGUGCAGCGGCAGUCGCGAUCAAAGCACCAAGUUCUGGAGCCGCAACCGCCCGGGUGAUGCUGUGAAAGACCCGAUGGGUUCUGUUAACACUUCGUCCCCUGCUGCUGCUGCCGCCGCCACUCCGGGUUAUGCUGGGCCCCCACCUGCUAAGGAGCCGCCCCCAUCAGCACCACGGCCCGCCUCUGCCCCUCCCUCGUCUGGUCCGGGAAGCGCCGGACCUGGAGGCUUGGCACAUCCGAGCAUGGGAGGAGGUGGGGGACCAGGAGGGGGGUAUUCUGGGCAGGGUGGUUUUGAAGGAGGGGGUAGGCCAGGACCCUUGGGUGGGAUGGGUGGAGGGAUGGGGUAUGGGAUGGAUGUGGGGAUGGGUGGGGAAGGGGGUAUGGGCAGACCAGGGUAUGGGCCUGGGGGGGACAUAGGUCUUGGUGGCUUAGGGGAUGGGUUUCAUGGUGGGGGUGGGGGUCCCAUGGGGCAGUUUGGUCAUGGGCAAUAUGGAGGUCAGGGGAUGGGGCAUGGACCCCCUCCACCACAACCACCCUACCAGCAGCGCUAUCCUUGA